AUGCCAAAGUCAAAGAGAAAUGUAACUAUAUCGUUAACCAAAGUAAAGAAGAAGCUAAAUAAAAAAGAGAUAAAGGACCGUAAGAUAGCUGAAUUGAAAAAACUGAUUGAAAUUCCAAAUAUUUACAUUUAUGCCCUAGAUAUAAGAACCUACUCAAACAACAACUUGAAAAAGGCCAUUGAGUAUUUUAAGCCCAACGGAAAAUUUUUCAUCGGAAAAAAUAAAUUAAUGAAACUUGCCCUUGGUACAAAUGAAAAUAGUGAAGUGAAACCAAAUAUUUUUAAGAUAUCAGAGCUUCUAUAUGGAAACAGGGUCCUCUUAGUGACUAAGGAUAUACCUUUAAAGGUAAUAAAAUUUUUCAACGAGUUUCAACCAGAGGAGUAUAUUAAACAUGGGAAUAUAUCAACAAAAAAUGUUACACUGAAAUGUGGUGAAGUAUUAAAUGUACCUGUAUCUAUGCAGAAGGAUUUACAAAAAAGAAAAGUAAAUUUUGAUAUUGUUGAUCAGAAAAUUAUUUUAAGGGAAAAUAAAAUAUUAGCAGAAAAAGAUAAAUUAGUUAGUAUAGAAAAUUCUAAACUGUUAAGAAUGCUAAAUAUGAAAAUAGCCAAAUUUGAUAUUACUGUUUUGGGUUAUUGGCACUUGAACAAUUUUUUGUCCUUAAUGCAAAAGUAG